AUGGCGGGCGGCGGGCCGCGGCGGUGCCGGCGGCUGGAGGCUGAGGCGGCCCGCGCCGUGCUGGGCGCCGCCGACACGCUGCUCUUCGACUGCGACGGCGUGCUGUGGCGGGGCGAGGCGGAGGUGGGCGGCGCGGCGGCGGCGCUGGGCCGGCUGGCGGCGGCGGGCAAGCGCCUCUGCUACGUGACCAACAACAGCAGCCGGACGCGCGCGGCCUACACCGAGAAGCUGCGGCGGCUGGGCUUCCCGCCCGCCGAGCCCCGCCACGUCUUCGGCUCGGCCUACUGCGCCGCCCGCUACCUCCGCCAGGCCCUGCCGCCCGGCGCCGCCGCCUACGUGCUGGGCAGCCCCGCGCUCGCCGCCGAGCUGGAGGCCGUCGGCGUCCCGCACCUGGGGCCCGGCCCCGCCGCCCUGCCCGGCCCCGCGCCCGCCGACUGGGCCCAGGCGCCGCUCGACCCCGCCGUGCGCGCCGUCCUGGUCGGUUUCGACGAGCACUUCAGCUACGCCAAGCUGUGCCAGGCCCUGCGCUACCUCCUGCGCGGCGGCCCCGGCUGCCUCCUCGUCGGCACCAACCGCGACCACCGCCUCCCGCUCGAGGGCGGCACCGCCAUCCCCGGAACUGGCUGCCUGGUCAAAGCGGUGGAGACGGCAGCCCAACGCGAGGCAUUCAUCGUAGGAAAGCCCAACCGGUACAUGUUCGAUUGCGUGGCGAGCGAGUUCGACAUCGAUCCCGCUCGUACCAUCAUGGUGGGAGACCGGCUGGACACCGACAUCCUCAUGGGCAAUAGCUGCGGCCUCACCACCCUGCUGACGCUUACCGGGGUCACCACGCUGGACGAAGUGAAGGGCCACCAGGAGAGCGACUGUCCUGCCCGGCAGAGCCUGGUUCCCGAUUACUACGUCGAUAGCAUAGCCGACCUGCUCCCAGCGCUGGGGGAUUAGUAUAGCAAAAUACUUGCAGCCUCUGCAGCGGUACCCCGAGGAGGGCCCCUGUUAAUCACCUUGUGACAGUAAUGUACUCACUAGGAUACCACCCACGGUUAGCAACCCUUAGCUUUUUAACCCUUCUGUUCUCUUGAUACGAUGUUGUUUACAUCUUGAUUUUUAAAUGCACUUUGAAACAAAGAGGACAUGACGGUGUCACCCACGACAUCUUGUGGGCUUGGGGCUUUUUUUUAAAUUAUAAGCAACACAUCUAUCUGAAUGUUUGUGAUACUCGAUGUCACAUUGUCCUCUAGACUGAGUUGAGGGAGUAGAGCUGGUUGAUCUGAGGAAAAGAACCCAACAUCUCGCAGUGUGUCCUCGCCUGGACUGGCUGUGGCUCAGUCUGGCUUAUUCAGGGAAAUGACUCUUGGAGUGUGUAGUAACUUAGCGGCUGUGUUUGGAAACGCUUGCAGUGGCCGGCAGAAUUAGCGUUUGGCCUCAGAUUGAUUUUUUUUUUUUUUAAUUAAUUUUUUUUCCCGGACAGGGUCUUGUUUAGCAGUACAGCCCGCUGCUAGCGCGACGUCAGGUCAAAGAAACUGAAAUCCGUCAGUCUCAUUUAUUUGACCGUUGCAGAUUGCACUUGUGAUGCAGAUUAAGAUGGUUCCACUCACAGAACACAAACGGUGUCUUCUGUAUGCUGUAUUUGUCCAAGCGUUGGAUGUAUGUGUAAAGUACAUGUACAUACAAGAAAUACCCUGAUCCUAAAUAUAUAUCAGAAUAUAUAUAAGAUAUAAAUUUAAGUAUAGUAUAUGAUAAUAUAUCUUGUUUCCCAGAAGGGAGGAUAAGAGGAAUGUACUUUACUGGUCACAGUAGGUUUAAUUCUCCUAAGCGUUUGCAUUUGGUAAUGCAGAAAGUCUGUAACCACGUAGGACUGUCCUUCACUACUGCUGCUUCCCAGAAAUAACCAGAUAAGUACCGAGUCAGUUCUUGUACUUCCCUCAGCAUCAAAAUAGCUGCUUGCCUUGGCUUUAGCUGCAGAAUCUGAAUUAACGCUCAGUCCACAGGGGAUGGAGGCAGUACGCAGUACAGCUUUCCACCGAAACGCGCCUGUGAGGGUACUGGCUGUGUGCGACGAUGGCAUGUGCUUCCUCUAAAUACCUGAGGUUAAUCUCUUCCACGUGUGCCUGGCGUGGGGGCCCGGCACCGGUUGCUUGUCCAAAGAGGAGGGCUUGCUUGCUCAGGUGAUGGUUUCAUUUUGAUCUUUAGGUGGGUUUGGGUGAUACAUGGCUCAGGCUACGGGGUAGAUUUUAAUGCUGGCUGAUUCGAUGGCCGCAGUUGAAAGCUUUUGCAUUACAGAAUUAAGUGAAAAAUGAUAUAUGCAACUAACAUGCUUUUAUUCCAUAGAUUCCACUCUUGGCAGUUAAAUUUAAACACUGGCCUUCCUUUGUCUCCCACUGUUCAGCUGAAUAGCUCUAGCAGUGUGUCGACACCAUUUCCUUCCACUCAAAAUGAGUAGACUUGCCACCUUGUUUGUAUAGCAAUAACCGUGCUGUUCGUGUUGUCUUUCGGUGUUACCAGAAUAUUAGCUGGAUCUUGUAAAAGGGUGUUCAUUUGUAACUCGGAGCUGUGUAAAGAAACACGGAUAAUCUCUUCCCUGUUCCUGUCUCCAGCUAGAAGGCUGUGACCGUAUAAAGUCACAGAGAAAUACUUACAGGUAGAACUUUAUCUGGGUAGCGUGGAAAUGGACAUUUUGGAUUUACUGCAGGUAGGGUCUGGCUUAAUGCUCUGUUCUUUGAUUCAGUUCCUGUAUCUGGUGCUUAUAAUUUCAGAAUAUGUCAAGUAAAGCAGUAAACGCCAGGAGAGGCGUUCAGCCUCGUUCAAGCAGCGCGCUGUCCCUGCCGAGUACUGUUCACUGUACAAGGGAACCAUUACCUCGAUUCACAUAUGCUGAAAUGUUCUGGUGAAGGUGUCAAUUGUGCUUCAAAACUCUGUAUCAACUUCCAAAUGGUUUUUAAGCCUCUACUUGAAUUCACAUUAAACUUAGAAACCUG